AUGAAGUCAAGAUUUCUUAGAGGGUGUCUUAACAAGUGCAAGAAAAUGUGCCUCAACAAGUGCAUAUCUUGUGAGGACUGUUGUGAAUGGGCUUGGUGGUCUUCUUUGCAUGAAGGUUGUUCCAGUAUUCCAAGUGAUGUUCCAAAGGGUCACUUGGUUGUGUACGUGGGAGAGAACCACAAGAGAUACGUGAUCAAGAUUGCAUUGCUCCACCAUCCACUCUUCAGGGCCUUGUUGGAUCAAGCUCAGGAAGAGUAUGAUUUCAUUGCAGAUUCAAAACUCUGUAUUCCCUGCGAUGAACGCCUCUUCCUCAAUGUCCUUCGAUGUGCUAGCUCCCCACAGAACCAACGAGUGUGUCUUGGUCUUUGA